AUGAACGAUAUCGGAACUUUGUACUGGCCGUACCUGGCAGCGCUGGCUGUCACCCUGAUGAUAGUUUAUCGCGCUCGCCGCCAGCAUAGGAUCCCAGCUGUGGGUGACGCUAAUGGCUCUAACCUUCUGGAAGCCUUGAAGGAGGGCUCGCAGCGGUAUCCCGAGACAUGUUUCCAAAUUGCGACUAAAGAUAUUCCGACGGUGAUUGUGCCGCUCAAAUGUCUCUCUACCAUAGCCUACGCCCCGGAGGAGAAGCUGAGUUUGGGCCGCGAAGUGUACGAACGUCUCAUGGGACGGUAUACCAAGAUGGUGAAAAGUGACCAUCUGGCUGAGUUUGUCCGAGCUGGAUUGAUGAAAAAUGCUGGUAAGAGUGUUGCUCUGCUGCAGGAAGAAGCCGAACGGACGGUCUCAUCGCAAAUUGGUCGUUGCCCCGAUUGGAAGUCGCUCGCCUUGUUCCCGACCAUGAUUAAGCUGGUGUCAUUGCACAUCAGCCGCUCGUUCAUUCAGUCACCGCUGUCUCGCAACCAGGAAUGGAUCGACCUCACUCUCGACUAUGCGAUCUCCACUGUGACAGUCGCGGGAAAGAUGUCGAAUACUCCUUGGGCACUACGACCAUUCAAAGGGAUCUUUCUGCCCGAAACGGCAGAGAUGAGCCGUCAAUUCAAACGGGCAACUGCGCUGUUGCGACCAACGUUAGAAGCCCGUCUACAGCAGAAAGGUGAAGUGCCUAACGAUCUCAUGCAAUGGAUUAUCAAUAACUAUCCGGACAACAAAGAUGACAUGAUCCUUCAUACGCGGUUGCAACUGGAGGCCGUUCAAGCGGCGACUUAUAAUCUUGCCUUUCAGCUUGUUCAUUUCUUCUAUGAUCUGUUGGCCCACCCGGAGUAUCUACAGCCGUUAAGGGAUGAGAUCAUGUCAGUAUCAGAAUCAUGCAACGGUCAAUGGACUCCAGCCGCGUUGUCAAGCCUGCGGAAAUGCGACAGUUUCUUGAAGGAGUCGCAAAGAUUGAACCCUAUCGGAAUUGUCAGCGUGAGUCGUUUCGCACUAUCGCCAUUCCGACUUCCAGAUGGAAACACGGUGCCAGCUGGGGUCUCAGUCUCGGCGCCAUCCAUGAUGGUCAAUUUAGAUGAGUCACUUUGGACUGACCCGACAUCCUUUGACGGCUCUCGGUUCGAGAAGUUGCGCACGAUCAAGGGGAAUGAGCAGAAAUUUCAGUAUGCAUCUACUAGUGCAUCGGAGUUGAAUUGGGGAUACGGCACUCAUGCAUGCCCUGGUCGACAUUAUGCCAGCAACCAGAUCAAGCUCAUGAUUGUGUCCUUGCUUUCCAGAUACGAGUUUCAGUUUGAUCAUGCAGAAAUGAAAAAGACGGGCAUACUUGAGAGGCCCCCGAAUAUGGUGGAUGGAGUUCGCAUCAUGCCAAACCCUCUGGCGAUGGUGAUGGUUCGGUCGCUGGGAAAUGCUACGGAGGUACUUGUCGUGGGUGGCGGUCCAGCUGGCUCUUACGCCGCUGCUGCGUUGGCCCGCGAGGGAGUGGACACUGUUCUCCUGGAAGCCGAUGUCUUCCCCAGAUACCAUAUUGGCGAGAGCAUGUUGCCAUCGAUCCGACAUUUCCUUCGUUUUAUUGAUUUGGACUCCAAGUUCGACAGCUAUGGCUUUGUGAAUAAGAAUGGGGCUGCUUUUAAACUCAACUCCAAGCCGGAAGCUUACACCGACUUCCUCGCUGCUGGAGGUCCGGGGAGCCAUGCGUGGAACGUCGUGCGGUCCGAAGCAGAUCACCUCAUGUUCAAGCAUGCAGGAGAGAACGGCGCCCAAGUGUUCGAUGGCGUCAAGGUGAAUAGCAUUGAGUUUGAACAGAUCGACGAAAUGACGGUGGAACCAUCGCUCGCUGAGCUGGGACGUCCCGUUUCCGCAACGUGGUCGUGCAAAGCUACAAGCGAAAAAGGAUCGAUCGCCUUCGAAUACUUGGUUGAUGCAACCGGACGGGCUGGUUUGGUCAGCACCAAGUACAUGAAGAACCGUCGGUAUAACCAAGGCCUGAAGAAUGUCGCCAGCUGGGGUUACUGGACCAACGCCGGCUCGUACGGAGUCGGAACUCCUCGUGAAGGGGAUCCGUAUUUCGAGGCAAUCGAAGAUGGAAGCGGGUGGGUCUGGCUCAUUCCCUUGCACAAUGGCACUACAUCUAUCGGGGUCGUCAUGAACCAGGAGACCGCAACGGCGAAAAAGCGUGAGACAGGCUCAACGACGAAGGAUCUUUACUUGAACACAAUCCAAAACACCCCCGGAAUCUGGCAGCUUCUGGAUAAGGCCGAGCUGCAGUCAGACCUCAAAUCGGCCUCCGACUGGUCCUACAACGCUUCGAGCUACGCCAGUCCUUACCUACGAAUUGUGGGUGACGCCGGGUGUUUCAUCGAUCCGUUCUUCUCAUCCGGAGUCCACCUGGCCCUUGCUAGCGGACUAUCAGCUGCCCUUACGAUCCGGGCUGCACAGCGAGGUGAUUGCAAGGAACAGGCCGCCGUCAGCUGGCAUUCUAAAAAGGUGGCCGAGGGCUAUACCCGCUUCCUUCUGGUGGUGAUGAGUGCACUGAAACAGAUCUCUGACCGCGAGAAACCUGUCUUGACCGACUUCGAUGAGGACAGCUUCAACCGUGCCUUUGACUUCUUCCGACCAAUCAUCCAAGGCACAGCCGAUGUAGACAAAAAUCUCACCCAAGCUGAGAUCGCCCAGACGAUCGAAUUUUGCAUGCAGGCGUUCCAAACCGCUAGUAGUGAAGAACAAGAUGCUGUGAUGACGAAGGUGGCUGCGAUCAACUCGCAGAAUGGAACGGAGGGCGCACUGAAAGAGCUCCAUGCCAGCUUAUCGGCUGACGAACGACGCACCCUCACCACCAUCCAGGCUCGCCAGAUCAUUCGAUCCGAGGACCAGAUGAACAUCGAUAACUUUACCAUCGACGUGAUCGACGGCAUGGUGCCUCGGCUGGAACGGAGGUCCCUGGGUCUGGCACGGUUUGUGCCCAAGACGCAGACAAGCAGCGAGGAUGGCCUGCGGGCAACUCUGGGCUUGCCGGAGAAGCAGAAAUCCAUCUUUUCUUACUAG